AUGGAAGAAUGGAGAGAGGAAUUGAGAGAGAUAAGAGAAGAGCUGAAGUGGCAAAUGAGGAGAAUAGAGGAAGAACUGAGAGGCAUAAGGGAAAGGCUGGAAAGGAAAGAGGAGAGAGAGAUGAAGAAGAGGGAAAAAGAGAAAGAGGAAGAAGAGAAGUGGAGGAUGGAGAGAAGGAGAAGGCGAAGUAGAGAGAGCAAAGAAAGGUUGGGGGACAGAGGGAUAAAAGAGGUGAAGAAGGAGGAGAAGAAAAGGCAGAAAGGAAGGAGAGAAGCGGAAAGAAAGGAGCAUAGGAGUGGAGAGAGCGAUAAAUCGGAGAGGGAUACGGAAGAGGAGCAGAGUGAGAGGAGAGGAAAAGGAAAACUGGGAGAUGAGACGGAGAGAAAAGGGGAGAGGAGAGAAGAAAAGGAAGAACCGGAGGAGAGAGGGAGGAGAGAGGAGUGGAGGAGACAGAGGCCGAGGGAGGAGAGAGAUGGGGAGGAU